CAGAAACACCCUGGUCCGGGUUUGUUUAGGUCACAGACGGGACUUCAACGUAAAAACACGACCACGUGUGUCCUUCAUCGUAGACAGAAAGCUGAUGAAGACCCAGAUGCUGGAAUGAAGCUUCCUGCAUGAGACCAACAUAGAUUUUCAUUCAGUCCUGGCUUCUUAGCAGCUGCAGAGAGUCUGAAGGACCAGCAGGUGGCAAAAGAGCUCACCGCUCCCUCCUCAGCCAAUCAGAGGCCAGAGACAGGGGCUGUGGGCGGGACAAAGGAAAAGGAGAGGGAGCCACAGAGCUGAGAUAAAAAGUCAAGAGAAAAGAGAAGAGCAGAGCGGCAGAGACACGACUUGGCGGAGAGGAGGCCCAGUUGAGGAGAGGAGCAGCAACAGGUUGACGAAGAGGAGGAAGAGGAGCAGACGAGCGCCUUCUUCCUCUUUGAGACUUUGUUUUUCUCUCCAGAAACUUCCUGGAUAUGAGGCUGUGUUCAGAGAGCAUGCAGAAGAGAGAGGAGAGUUAGGACAAGGAAGGAAGUCAGGAAGUCAGCUCGCAGCCGAGCAACCCCCCACCUCCUGCUGCCGAUCCCGCUCCUCCCCCCUCCCUCCCCCCUUCUGCUCUCCCUCCCACCGGGGGCUGGAACUCUGGGAAGAGUUGGCUGACUUUUAGCUUCCUGGUGUGAAGUGAAGCUUAGCAGGAGCACGCGGAAGAUCUGAAGCUGCACUUCCUGUGUGGGAGCGUGGAGAUCUGUCAGAGGAGCUGUCAGGAUGGCCGGCUGCCGCUGGACCCCCCGGAGCGCCGCGCUGACCCCCAACCAGCUCCGCCGCUGAGACCUGCUCAUCACAGAGGACGCCAUGGACCCACAGGAGGAGCAGCCCCCUCAGGACGGAGGAGAGGAGCCCGUUGCCUCCUCCGCCUCCACCGCUGAGCCGCCCCCAGCAGCCUCGGCCCCCCAGCACAACAGCAGGACCUUCACGGGCCUGAGGAUCUUCAGCAGGAGGAAAGCCAUCGCCAAGUCAGGGCUGCAGCACAGCGCCACUCAGCCCAGCAUGGCGGCGUCGGGGCAGACCGACUCUCUGCAGCUCAACAGCAGCAUCGACUGGACCGAAAAUGCCCAGUACGGGGACCACAUCUGGUCUGAGGCCAGUGUCUCUGGAGACUUCUGUUACGUUGGAGAGCAGUACUGCAUCGCCAAGUCUCUGCAAAAGUCCGUCCCGAGGAAGAAAUGUGCUGGAUGUAAGAUAUCUGUGCACGUCAUGUGCAUGGAGCAGCUGGAGAAGGUAAACAAGCCCUUCCUUCUCAGAUCUUCCUCCUCCUCCUCCUCCCCCCCUCACACUCUGUCUCUCCAUCAGAUUAACUUUAGGUGCAAGCCGUCCUUCAGGGAACCGGCGUCUCGGGCCGUCAGAGAGUCCAACAUUGUUCGGCACCACUGGGUCCACCGGAGGCGCCAGACUGGGAAGUGUCGACAGUGUGGGAAGGGCUUCCAGCAGAAGUUUUCGUUUCACAGUAAAGAGAUCGUUGCCAUCAGCUGUUCGUGGUGCAAACAGGCGUAUCACAACAAGGUGACGUGUUUCAUGCUGCAGCAGAUAGAAGAAUGCUGCUCUCUGGGAGCUCAUGCUGCCGUCAUCAUCCCUCCCACCUGGAUCAUCAGAGUCCGUAGACCACAGACGUCUCUGAAGUCCAGUAAAAAGAAGAAACGAACAUCUCUGAAGUGCAACAAGUCGAGUAAGAAAGGAUCAGAGCUCCAAGAUGGCCGCUGGAAGCCCUUCCUGGUGAAGCCCCUCCCCUCACAGCUUAUGAAGCCUUUGCUGGUGUUCGUGAACCCAAAGAGCGGUGGGAACCAGGGAGCGAAAAUCAUCCAGUCCUUCAUGUGGUACCUGAACCCUCGGCAGGUGUUCGACCUGACCAAGGGAGGACCCAGAGAGGGACUGGAGUUGUACGCCAAAGUGCCCAAUCUGAGGAUCUUGGCCUGUGGAGGAGACGGCACGGUGGGCUGGAUCCUGUCGGUGUUGGACCAGCUGAAGCUCCGCCCCCAGCCUCCUGUGGCCAUUCUUCCUCUGGGGACUGGCAACGACCUUGCGAGGACUCUGAACUGGGGCGGGGGCUACACUGACGAACCCAUAACAAAGAUCCUGUCCCACGUGGAGGACGGGAACAUUGUCCAGCUGGACCGAUGGAAUGUGAAUGUGGAGGCGAACCCCGAGGCCCGGCCCGAGGAGAGGGACGAACACCAGACCGAUAAGCUUCCCAUCGACGUCUUCAACAACUACUUCAGUCUGGGCUUCGAUGCGCACGUCACGCUGGGCUUCCAUGAAUCCAGAGAAGCAAACCCAGAGAAGUUCAACAGUCGCUUCAGGAACAAGAUGUUCUACGCAGGGACGGCAUUCUCAGACUUUCUGAGUGGGAGCUCCAAAGAUCUUGCCAAGCACAUCAAAGUGGUGUGUGACGGCACAGACCUGACAGCCAAAGUCCAGGAGAUGAAGCUACAGUGUCUUCUCUUCCUCAACAUUCCCAGGUACUGUGCCGGUACCACACCGUGGGGUCACCCCAGCGAGCAUCAAGAUUUUGAGCCUCAGCGUCAUGAUGACGGCUGCAUCGAGGUCAUCGGAUUCACCAUGACUUCUCUGGCCACGCUGCAGGUGGGAGGCCACGGCGAGCGUCUCCAUCAGUGUAAGGAGGUGACCCUGACCACCUACAAGUCCAUCCCCAUGCAGGUAGACGGGGAGCCCUGCAAGCUGGCUCCGUCCAUCAUCCGGAUCAAUCUGAGGAACCAGGCCAACAUGGUCCAGAAGGCCAAGAGGAGGAUCUCCAUGCCCCACCUCAACGACCAGCAGCCAGUUCCGGAGAAGCUACAGAUUCGGGUGAACCGGAUCAGCAUGGCAGCCUAUGAAGCCCUGCAUUAUGACAAGGACCAGCUGAAGGAGGCCUCAACGCCGCUGGGAGUCAUCACUGUUCCUGGAGACAGCGACCUGGAGACAUGCCGCCUGCACAUUGAGCGUCUGCAGGACAACCUGGACCAGGAAAGUGACGACAUGAAAGACGAGAACCUCUCAUCUCAAAAACUCUCCAUGAAGUGGUGUUUCCUCGACUGUACGACUGCAGAUCGCUUUUACAGGAUCGACCGUGCUCAGGAACACCUGAACUACGUGACGGAGAUCUCCCAGGAGGAGCUCUACAUCCUGGACCCGGAGCUGGUCAUCAAGGAGACGGUGGGUACCUCCCCCAGCAUGCCUGACCUGGUGGAUUCAGAGGAGCCGCAGAGACAGUUUGCCUUCCCGGGCUCCUCAUCUUCCCCCUCCUCCUCCACCACACCCAGGAAGAGGAUUUCCAGCGACAGUUCGGUGGACGCGUCCACCCAGAAGACGACUCUCUGCAGGAGAGGAGCAAAGAUUAUUGAUGUCCAUCGCUCCAACACCACUGUGGCUGAUUUCAAACCCAGCAUUAGACCUUCCACUGCUACCUCACAGGACCCUGAGAAAGCAGAUGCAGAGCUCAUCAGCUGCAUCAGGGAUGAGAACCUGAGCAGGCUGACGGAGCUCCACCAGCAGGGGGCGGACAUCCUGCUGCAGGACGCAGACGGCUGCACGCUGCUGCAUCACGCCGUGGACGUCGGCAGCAAAGACAUCGUCAAGUACCUCAUCGACAACGUUCCCAUGGCUCACCUGGACGUUGCUGAGAAAGAGACAGGUGAGACGGCGCUCCACAAGUCUGCAACUCUCUGUCAGAGGAGCAUCUGUCACUUCCUGGUGGAGGCGGGAGCGUCACUCAUGAAGACAGACCUGCAGGGGGACACUCCCAAACAGCGCGCCGCCAAGGCCAACGACCAGGAACUGGCUGACUACCUGGAGAGCUGCCAACAUUACCAGAUGAUCCAGAGAGAGGACCAGGAAACGGCGGUGUGACCCACAGCCCGUACGAUUUGCCCGUCGGUCUGAUACCCUCCUGCCCAACCCACUCUCAACAUGUCCAUCAUCUGGCCGGUCUGAGGAAGAGUAGAUGGUCUGAAUGUAACCUGUUCAAAUAGGGCAGGAGGUUGAAGAUAAACUCACUGUUUUUGUCUCAUUUUUUAUUUUAAUUUUAUUAUUAAUAUUAUUUUUUCUGCUUUAACUGAUCAGAAAUAAAGUGUUGUCAUGGAUACUGUCAGUCUGUAGCUGCCUGGAUAAAAAGCUUCUGGACACUAAAAGAAAAGUCAAACUAGCAGAAAUUGGAGUCAGUGUGAGACGACAAAGACGCGUACAGAGAAAGAAACAGCUGCUCACAGCAAACAUCCGCAUCAUUCGUACUUUUUCAGAAUUCAUACGUCGGCAGCAUUCGUACAUCUGUAAUUCGUACAUUUGCAGCAUUCAUACAUCUGCAACAUUUGUACGUUUGUAGCAUUCGUACUUUUUCAGAAUUCAUACGUCGGCAGCAUUCGUACGUCUGUAAUUCGUACAUUUGCAGCAUUCAUACAUCUGCAACAUUUGUACGUUUGUAGCUUUCGUAUGUUUGCAGCAUUCAUACGUCUGCAGCAUUCGUAUGUCCGCAGCAUUUGUACGUCUGCAGCAUUCGUACGUCUGCAGCAUUCGUACGUUUGCAGCAUUUAUACAUCCAUCUGCAUGUACAAAUGUUGCAUCCACCUGCAGAAUUCGUCCGUCUGCAAUAUUUGUAAGUUUGCUACAUUUGUCCUUCUGCAGCAUUCGCACAUUUGCAGCAUUCGUACGUCUGCAGUAUUUGUAAGUUUGCAGUAUUAAUACAUCGAUCUGCAGCAUUUGUCCGUCUGCAGUAUUUGUACGUUUGUAGCAUUCGUAUGUCUGCAGUGUUCAUAUCCGAUAACGUGUCUUCUGUGAAGCUUUUCGUUUGGAUGUCUGGAUAUUUAUCGUAGGUCAGCAUGAGUUUAGAUAUUUAUGAUGGGGUUGUAGACAUUAAAGAUCAAACUGUUUUAGACGUUCUACUCGUCUGUUAAAGCAGGAAGCCUUCAGUGUGUGUGUGUUUGUGUGUGUGUGUUUGUGUGUGUGUGUGGACUGUAAAUAGCUGCGAUGUCUGUAAACUUGUCAGAUUUGAAACUUUAAACAGAAGCUGAUUUUGCCAAAGCAGUCCGACCUGGUUAUCCACCUGCAGACAGGAUGAAGUUAUUAUCAUUGUACGAUGUUCAUGUAAUAACUGUUUGGUUUCAUCAUUUUUGAGUGACCUGCAAUAAAGCAUGUCAGCAUCA